AUGUCCGAGUCCGAGAGCGCCGAACUUUUUACCGAGAUUAGCGCCGCCCUCGAGCAGGUCAACCCUGGCUUGUCAGCGGGAGGUGGUAGCAAUCCGGUGAUAUCUAAGUGUAAGGUGGACAAAUACAUAUGCCCACGAGUGACGGGUGUGGGCGAGCCACUAUGCAGCAUGAAAGGAGACGGCGUGGAGUUCAUUCAGGGCCGCAUUCGUCCCGACAACGUCAACCACAAGCCGAUCAUCGAGGCCAUCCUGAUCCAAUCGAGAGGGAUCCGGCCUGUGCGCCCCUGCACGCAGAUCCCAUCCGAGGAGCGCAAGUUCCCCGUGUCUAUCCAUGUGCCGAACAAGUUCCGAGGCAUCUGCGGGAACUGCAAGGCGUCGGACCGUAAAACGAACUGCGAGGCUAUGGAAGAUGGUUCAAUAGCGGCGCCGCUGCUUCGGCCGAAAGAUGCAUGGUGCCAUCUCCUGUUCGAACCACGCGAUUCCGAUGACCAUGAGCCCGAUCCUUCCGUCUGGAUAUGUCGUCGGAACCCUGCGCCACGUUCCCGCUCCAGAACUCAUGCUUUGGCUAUCUCAAACCGUGCUCGUUCUCUGUCCGUGCCGUCAAAGACACCAGCCGCACUGAACCGGCGCAAAACAACCCGAAGACGGGCUAGAACGAUCGAGACGGAUCAUAUUCCCGAGCGCGACGCCUCGAACUGCGAGAGUGACAUGCAAAGGCCAUAUUUCCGCAUUAGACUCGACUUACAGAGAGGCAAGAUGGACGACGAACUAUCGAAUUUGCUCCACACUGAUGUUGUAGCUGUGGGUUCGAUGGUCGGUGCUUCCGGCAUCGGCGAGCGAUCUGCACUUUGA